AUGGGUGAUCAGGGCAAUCAGGAUGACCUCACUGCUGCACUGGCAAUCAUUCAACAACAAAUGCAGACUCAGCAACAACAGAUGUUGCAGAUGCAGCAGACCAUCCAAAAUCAGCAACAAGCUGCUCAAGAAGCAGCUGAGAACGCCGCGCGAGAAGAGCGUGUUGCUCCUAUUGGGGAGCGGAACCUUCCGCGGAACUUCGCUACUAACCGCUCCCCCAUCAACCCUCCUCCUUGCACUCGGCAAGACUAUGAGAUCAAACGUGCACUGAUAAGUCUGGUACAGAAGAGCACGUUCAGUGGUCUCACUACUGACAUCCCGAUUGACCACAUCGAAGCCUUUGAAAGAAUCUGCAAUUUCUCUCGCUCUAACGGAGUGCCACCAGAUUACGUCAAAUGCACGCUGUUCCCAUUCUCUCUUGAAGGGAAAGCUUCUCGCUGUCUCCAAUCUUUGCCGACCGGUUCUCUUACCUCAUGGGACCAGGUCCGAUCAGCGUUCCUGAGACACAUCUACACGAAGUCUAAAACUGCGGCUCUACGGCACAUGAUCUCCAAUUUCAAGCAGAAGUCUGAUGAACCUUUUCAUGAAGCUUGGGAGAGGUACAAGGAGUACCAGAGAGAGUGCCCGCACCAUGGGUUUGACGAUGACUAUAUAUUGGAGGUGUUCUAUGAUGGAGUGAGCUAUGAGUUUCGAAACACCCUUGAUUCUUCGAGUAAUGGAGAAUUCAUGACUCAAACCACACCUGAUGAUCUCGCUGCAAAGGUGGACCAACUGCUUAAGGGAAACCAAAGCCAAGUGUUCAUAAUGGAAGAAGCAGCUCCAGAGAAGAGUGCCGGUGACAUGGCGUUUGAUGCUGAAAUAUCAGGAGACGAUCAGCAAGAGGUGAGCUACGUGAAUGGGCAAGGAUGGCAGCUCAAAAACUACCAUCCAAACCCUAACGUGAGGAACAACCAACAGCUUUUCUGGCCUAAGCAAGACAAACCAGCUGAUCCUGCACAGAGUAACCAAGGUCAGUAUGACGGGUACCAAAAGAACUACCAACCCCGGACCUAUGUUCUAAGCCAACCGCAGAACAAUCCACCUCAGGUGCAGAAACACCAAAACACUCAGCCAGCUACCUCCGCUCCUGUCGCUGUUCCGCAAGAUGAGACAAAAGCUAUGUUGCAGCAGCUGCUCCAAGGACAACAGCUCCAAGGGAAGGCUCUAAACCAGGUUACUACUGAGAUCAAUACCAGAAUGAACCAUAUGUUCAGGGAUUUGAGCACCAAGUAUGACAAUGUCGCGAGUCAUAUGAGACAGAUGGAUAUUCAGAUUGCUCAGACUGCUGAGAGUGUCAAGAGGCAACAAGGUACUCUACCUGGGAAAACCGACAAAAACCCUAAGGAGUGCAAUGCGGUUGAGUUGAGAAGUGGAAAGCAACUGUCUGAGCCGGUAAAGAAGAGGUUCACUGCGGCUGAGAAGGGGAAGCAGAAAGAGUCGGAACAACCACCAACCGAUACUCCGGAAGCUGAGAAGGAGAGGGAACCAACAGUUGGAACCAAUUCGCCAGAACCAGAACAACCAGCUGAGGCUGUCCGCCCGAUCCCAGAGCCUGUUCCUGCUCACGAAUACAAUCCUAAAGUCCCUUCCCCUGUUCCAGCAAAGGCUACUCGUAAGGACCGAGAGGAGAUGAAGUGCAGAAAGAUGCUGGAGGACCUAAACGUCCGACUCCCCUUGAUGGAUGAGAUCCAGAUGAUGCCCUCCAUGCGCAGCUUUAUGAAGGGAUUGAUCUCAGGAAAAAUAUCAGAGGAGAGCGAAUUCAUGACUGUCUCUAAGGAGUGCAGCACCGUGCUUCAGAACAGCGUAAACCUCAUGCCCUACUCUGUAGAACGACGUCUGGGAUACAUGCAUUUCAAACCAACUAAGAUGUCCUUGGUGUUCGCGGAUAGAUCAGUUAAGUCCCCGGUUGGUAUUCUAGAGGAUCUCCAAGUAAAAGUCGGGCACACCUCUGUUCCAGCAGACUUCGUAGUUCUAGAGCUGGAAGAGGAAUCCAGAGAUCCUCUCAUCUUAGGAAGAUCGUUCCUAUGUACUGUUGGAGCCAUCAUUGAUGCGCGGCAAGGGAAGAUUGAUCUCAAUCUGGGGGACAUAGUCAUGCAGUUCGAGAUGAAUGAGCUGCUCAAGAAGCCGAUGCUGGAUGGACAGACCUUCGAGGUGGAUGAAGGGAUUGAUCCGCUGCAACCUCGCGACGGGAUGAUCGAGGAGAUUCUUACAGAAGAUCCACUUGAGCUUGCACUAGUAAGAGCUGAGGCCGAGCAGAGUGUCGAGAACAUUGACGCAGAUGGGUAUGCUAAGAUGCUUGACUCCGCAAGGAGUAUGGGAAGAAUGGUGGCGAGUCUAAGUCUGGGGAAGAAAGCAACAAGGACGAGAACACACCAACUGGAGCGACCCCUUUACCGAACUCGCUUGUUCCGCCAAACCUACCUAAUGAUCCCUGGAGCGAGUUGA